AUGGAAUUCACACUCCUCUCGAAUUCACCGGCUUAUAACUGUGUGUUAGGAAAGGCAUUCAUCACUGUUUCCUAUACCGUCUGCGGAGUUUCCCUGGCGACUCUUACAACUAUCACUAUAGACAGACUACUAACGCUAAAAUAUCAUAUGAGGUACAGCAGUAUCAUGACCAUACAGCAAGCAUUUUGUGUCAUCGCAGUGAACUGGUUGACAAGUGGUUUUCUGGCAAGUCUUAUACUAUGGACUUCAAAGAUAUUGUUUGUAUUUGUUAUGGCCUUAGUCGUGGCCAUUUUUCUUUGCUUUUCAACAUCUGCGCACAUAAAUAUUUACUGUAUAAUCCGUCGCCACAAAAGGCAAAUUCUCGCACAAACAGGAGCAGUUCAAGAUAAUUCGCGCACAAAUAUAACGCGUUUCAAGAGAACAGCAUUCAAUACAUUCUUGGUCCACUACUUUCUUCUUAUUUGCUACAUCCCCCUAUUCGUAACCCUGCUGUUGCAGGGAAACGAAGAGAGAAUACCUUCAGAAUCUUGGAGAGAGAAUGGCAGUGGCAUAGCAUGGAAAUUGUCAAGCACGGUGGUCUUCAUGAAUUCUGCAUUGAAUCCUUUUAUCUACUGUUGGCGUCUUCGAGAGAUUCGCACAGCCGUGAAAAAGUCUCUUUUCUGCAGAAAAUGACUGUAAAGUAUUACUGUCAUCCUAGUCAGUAUAAAUUUAUUUUAGAUAACUAAUAAAAAAAAUAGUCAGUACUUAAAAAUGGACCUAGGAGAUGAUUAAUGCUCAUAGGAAGCUUGAAUUUUAGUGGUGACAGAAGGUCUUAACGCUACACAUUAAAGAAAAGAAACCCUGAAAUAUUAAUGAAAAUACUGAUGAAGUCGUGACACGAGAAACAAUUCACAUACAUAACAUCCUCUAACGAAAGCCUUCCUUCUGUGUAAUAUGAUAAAUUAUGUUGUUGCAUUCUCUUAUAUAUCUAAUAUAUAUCAACCUUUCUAGCUAUAAAGUUGAUAUACCAAAAUAACUCCUCGAAUCAUAUUGAUAUACAAAGCUAUCAGAGUUAAAGCGGAAAUGAAUGUGCUACAGAAGAACAAUAAAUAAACAGAACUAUAAAAAAAACCGUAAUGGUACGAUUUAACGCCCGGGUUCAGGAGAGGUGCAAAUUAGAAAAUGGUCCCUUUUCGUAUUACCACGUAAAGUGAACAGCACCCAAUAUCAAGUUGUUGUUGGAAACGUGGCUGGGAAGAAGAAGAAGAAGAAGAAGAAGAAGAAGAAGAAGAAGAAGAAGAAGAAGAAGAAGAAGAAGAAGAAGAAGAAGAAGAAGAAGAACAGUAAAAAAAAAAAAAAGAGUUAUCUCAAAAAGAUUUUUGCAAGUAAUUUGCUAAAAAUCUCUCGUCGUCCAACAGUUGUUUGCUAACAGAACCCUUGGCAGCUUGGAGUGGUGGGCUAUAGCGUGACCUCAGUACCCUCGUAUUUGUCAUGUGCCUGAUGUCUCUGUAUGGGGCGUACAAUAUUGGAAAGCAGGAGUGACAAUUACCGUAGAAAAUCAUAUUUUGGUACUUGUAUUAGGAUCUGGUUAUCCAGAACCCAAUGUAAUAAUUAUAUACCGUAUUAUUAUGUCGAUCUCGAUAUUGUUAAACUACGAAAAAACCUUAAAAUGUUCACAUUACAGGAACACAAAAAUUAAAGAAGUGAUAGGUAUGAAAAAAUUAAACUUUGCUGUUACGUGCAUGAAACGUAACCAAGUCAUAGAUCUUAUUAUUAAUUACCGUUUUUUGUUUCCCCAUUUAUUGAAUAAAACUGGUACCAAAAGACAGGCUAAGCCUAAAAGCAUCCCCCCUGCUAGCAUAAAAUUACCCCCUGAAUAAUUAGCUAAAUUGGCCAAACAAAUUAAAAAAUAAAUUACUAUAUUAACUAAAUAAUAUUACUGUCUAUAUACCGGUAUACUAUCUAUACUAUCUACCUAUCUAUUGAGCUCAAAUACUAACUACUUAAUUCAACUUUUUAUUUUUCUUAUUAUGUUUAUUUUUUCGUGCCUCACGUUUUUUCUCAAAAUAUUCCCGUUGUUCUUUUGUUAAUGGUUUUAUACCAAGGAACUCAUUAAAAAAUUUAUUGUAACUAUAUUUUUUGCCUUCAAUUAUUCCCUUACGUGUUAUUCUAUCAUUUUCUCUUGUUAUCGCUAUUGCUAUAUAUUUAUUAUAUUCGACCUCUUUUACUAUAUGUUCUGCAUUAAACGCUUCGUUGAAAUAUUUAGCAAAUUUAGGAUGCUCUUUUAAAUCAUAUAUUGGAUAAACAUAUUCUAACUUAGCCUCUGGCUCAAUUAUUUCAUUAUUUUCUGGCUUAGCCUCAGGCUCAUCAAUAAACAUAAAUUUGGUAUAAUAUGGCUUAGCCUUGGGCUCAUUAUAAGUAGUCAUUAUUUUAAUUUUCAUUAGCAUCUUAAUAGCAUUCAUAUGCUGCUCGAUCAUUGAAUCAAUAUGGUCAUUAUAUAUCUCUACUGCACUAGGCAUACUAGUAUAAGGCGAUAUCCCUUUAUAAGUGUUUCGUUUUUGCCAAAUAAUUAGUGAAAAUAGGGGUGAAGUGUUGCUGCGGCCUGUUUUGUGGGGUAAAAAGUGGUCAUGAGAGGCCUUUUGUAAGGGGUCAGGGAGAAACGGCACCUUUUUGCGCUUACAUUAGCAAAUAUAAUUAAGAAAAGCAAAUUGUGUGAUCGCAAAGAGCGAUUGCUUGCCAAUCUGCACUAUUGAAAGAACUGAAGCAAACCUUAAGCGAGGUAUAUAACUUUGGAUGAUUAAAACACAAAAGGUAAAAAGGUGAAAAAGAAAUUAUUAGGGAUGCAAAAUUUUUAGAACGUUUUUUUUUUUUUUUUUUUCAAAUCCUAUUAGCAGACUAGAGGAUUUCAACAGAUUAUUGCUAGAUUUCGAGAAAAUAUAAGUCCCAAUUUAAAGAUUUCAUGUCAUCGUUAUUCUGUUGCUAUGGAACCGGCGAUAUCAACAAAACAUACUCUAAAAUUAAGUUCAGUGUUAGAUAUGUUGUUUCACUUUGUGGCUUUUUUUUCACUUUGUGCUAAGCUGCUAGGUCUCGAAAUUGACUCUGAACUCUCAUUUACUUACCAUGUAGAGAAACUUUGUAAAAAGUUGUCCCGAUUGGAUUGGAUUGGCGUAUUAAAUGAAAAGAUAAGAUCUUGCCUGCCCACGAAACAAAGGCUAUUGUAUUAUAAUACUAUGAUAAGAUCUGUAUUGCAUUAUGUCAGUUUAAUCUGGACUAGUUGUGAUAAGGAGAAUUUAAGCCGUGUUUUUAAGCUACAAAAGAGAGCAGCAAGGGUAAUUUCCCACGCUAAUAACCAGGCGUCUAGUGUUAAGCUUUUUAAUAGUCUACAGUGGCUUCCCUUUUAUGAAAAAGUGAAAAUAGCUAAAUGUUGUGUGGCAUACAAACGCAUCAAGGGUGAAGUUCCCUUAUACAUUGAAGACUUUUUAAGACUCAACAGUCGGCAACAUAGGCGUGUAACCAGAUGUAGUAAUAUAAUUUUAUUUGCCCAAAAUUUAAUCGGAAGAAGGAAGGAAGAAGUAAUCAACUUCAUCAUUAAUGACAGUUACUUCUACUCCGUGACAGUUUUCUGAAGUCAUUUGGGCUCCAUUUGCUGGAUAUUUAAAACAUUUUAAUAUUUUAUGUAAUUAAGGAAGAAGACCUAAUAGAUAAAUGUGGAUUUAAAAGAGUUUGUAAAUAGCUUAUGAAACGGAACAUCAUAAAGGUAACGUUAGAAGCAGUCAUAUUCUUUACAGUGUAUAUUUUUUAAAAUUAAAAUACGGCAUUUCAUUCAUCAAACACUAAACCAUCUGUCGCUACGUGCGAAGGCGUUCACCACCCUACGCAGUUAACUACAAAAUGGAAAAACAAGGAAUUUUAUUGACAUGAAUAAUGUAACUGAUGCUUCCUAUAAUUUCAUGGUGGGUUUGGAUCGAUGACAGUUCAAAGUGAUUUUGUUUUGGCUAGGUAGUCUAAAAUUGCUUUUAGAGAGACAUUUGAACUUGUUGAUCGAUCAUUUUAUAACUGUAUCAAUUCUCAUUUUAUUCUAGGUUAGAAAUGAAUUAUCAAUUAUUAUCAAUAUUAUUGUGGCCAACAGCAAUGAAAGACACACCCUGCGUAAUAUAAUUUUUUUUUUUAACAUAAAUUUCAUUUUGUCGAUUCAUGAUCAUUUCUGUAUUUGAAAUUCCUGGAUGUUUUCGUAUUACUAUCAUCAAUUGAAUUGCAUAUAUGUGUUUUGUAAAUUUAAUGCAAAGAAAAUGACUAAAAUGGGGAACAGGGAACGGGUAACGAGCACUGGGAACGGGCAAAUAAAAAAUGGGAACAAAACUGGACAACAGCUAAUUUCAAACUUAGAGCUCUCAGUAACCUCAUUUGCAAUCCUCUGUUUUGUUCGCAUUUGUCAUUUUUCCGUUCCAGUGAUCGUUACCCGUUGCCCGUUUCCAGUUUUUACAACAUCAAAACCUAAUGAGAGAAUCGCCACUGGGAAGUUACUUCAUUGUGACGAUGUUUGCCAAAACGAGAAAUUGAUAUGAGAAAUUGAAACUUGUUCAUUAGAAUGGUCCCUUACUGCUGUCCCUCAAGACGCUUUUUACUAAUUUAAGGUGCCUCAAAAGACGAAUUGAAGAAGAUUUAUUUCUUACUUCUUCUAACUGAAAUUUGUUUGGCAAACGCUCCACUCUGACUAAUAUGAAGAUUUGGGCCUAAGAUUUUUUUUAGGGAUUUUCAGGAUGCAAAGAAAGUCAAUUUUACAGCUCUCAGCUUACUAGCCCGAAAGUUAUUUUUAAUAGCCCCAAACUAAUUUUUUCGCGAGCAGAAUGAAAAAAUAUUAAUUCAUUAUUCCUUUCUUAAUUACACUGUAAGUUAAUAAAUUACUGGCUUUAUUUAAUCAUUUCAAUCAGCUGUAGUUAUUUGACAAGAACAAUAAAUAACCGUAAAAAGUGUGAACUAUAAGUAGACCUGGUAAGAUACCCUUCACACUCUAGUACAAUAAUUCAGUGUUGACCUUUUGAUUAUAAAUGCCUUUGUCUUGAAAGUCAACUCAAAAGGUAACAGAAUGAAGGUCCAAAUAACAGACAAACAUUUUUCUUUGAACACAAUGCUAGAAACCUCAUAUUACUGGUUAACUUCUUGUGAAAAUGUCUAAAUACUCAAGCUUCUGUAACGCUUUGAGUUCAACGCAAUAAUCACUCCCGAUGUGUUCAACUAGUUUUGCUGUCUUGCUCUCGGCGCUGCCACACUGUAGAAUUUUUUCUAAGUCCACCGCAACGCGUGAAUGAUUAACAUGCGUUUUAGACAUUUUACGAUUUAGAAAAAAAAUUUUUAAGAACAAAAAACCGCGUUGAAACCGUGAAACCAAAGUUCUCAAUGGACACACUAAACGACAACGUCCGCAGCGCGAAAAGCUGCAAGUGAAAGCGCGUCAUUCUGCAAUUUGCCGCCCACAAAAAUUUAACGCGGGAGCAUUUCUUAGCCGCUGACAGGGGAGAUGUUUAUAUUUAUUAAAGAGCAUAAAAAUUUGAUAGCUUUGAUCAGUCUGCUUCUCAUUCAAAAGUAGCACAUUCAGAAGAUCAUUUUUCGGUUUUCCAAGUCCAGUUUCAAGUUCACGGGAAAGUGGAAAGUGCGAGUGUCGAGUCACGCAUCAGUGAGCAAAUAUCAUGCAAACAAAAAUUAUGCAAAUUUGUGGUUCAUCUUGUUACAAGUAACCAAAGGUUUCAGGUUUCAAAAGAACAAAAAUGCUCCUUCUAUUUCUGGCAACAUUUCAUCUGAAAGAUUUUCGUGAAAAGUGAAAACAAUACGUUGUGGUCUAUAUAUUUUAAUCAACAAACACCUACAGUAUCGGUGUUUAGAAAUAUAUCGUAUUGAAACGCACGUGACCAAUAUUUGCUAAAACCAUAAUAAAUUUCUCACUAAAGUUCAGGAUCAAAACCUUUUGUUUACGUUCCUCACAAAUGAUUAUGAAGAAAAUUUAGACAAAUAGCGUUCUCUGAAUCAGUAAGAAUUAGAUUAGUCACGGGCAACAUUUACCUCCAAAGUUUUUUUCAACAUCUGCUUUUACUAUAUGCGCGGGAUCUCAAUAUUUCUCGUCUGACAUGUGAUGCAAUACUUCGUCUUGUUUAUGCAGAUUUCACUUCGUCCGAGUGACUUUCGGUCUGCAGGUGUUUAUUAGGAAUUUAAAACAUUUUGUCUUACAGUACUUCUGUAAUUUUAAUUCUCCGAAAAAUCUUCACUUGCCCGUCGGGCAAGUUAAGAACAGAAUUCACUUGCCCGAUCGCAAAAUCCACUAGCCCCGGGCUGUCGGACACGACUUUCUUUGCACGCUGGAUUUUGGACACCUUUACUCUUGACGUCAAUCUAGGACGAUGUUGAUUUGUUAUUAUUAUUAUAGCUGUCACAAUUUAGGAAACUUCAUGCGCCUUAGAAAUUAAAAAUUUUGGCGCCAGUGACAUUAAGACAUAGACAUUUACCUGCUCUUGCGUUGUUUAAAAGUGCAAAAAGAGCAGAAUAAAAAAGCUCCGAGAAGCUUUACCUGUGAAAAAGUUUUGAAAGAUUUUGCUAAAGGCUUGAUAAAAAGGAAACAAAAAAUCGCGAAAGGAAGGGGACGUGAAAUUCUGAAUCGUGUUUCCAGCCAGGAACAACUUAAAUUUCUUCCAAUAAGGUAAGUUUUAACGGCCUUCCUGAAUCUAUAAGCUGUAGUGAACUAUCGUCGAGCAAUGAAAAACAUUUAACUGUUACUGGAAAUAUUUUUUGUUCAAUUUUUGGUCACUUCUGCGCACAGUUUGAAACGUUUAGGUUUGUUAGGGUUUUGAAAUUAUGAUAAUUUUCACUGACUCCAAUGCGGAAGACGAGUUCGCUUUUUAACAGUUCAAACUUUAUUUUUUCAGUGAUCAUACUUUGCAAUGAAAACAAUCUCUCUGAAGUCUUGAGUAUUAGAUUUUUUCAUGGUACUUUAUGGUUAAAAGAAUUUCACGAGGUAAACGCUCUCAACUUCUGAAAGACCAAGCGAUAUACACUGAACUUUUAAAUACUGCUGAGACAAGUGUACCAAGAAAGAUACUUUCAAAACAAAAAAACAUCACACAAAACAAAAAGAGAAAACGGGCUAGAAAACUGUUUUAAAUGCAGCAUACUUUUUAUAGAUAUAAUGAUAAGUCUUCAUUUUUCUGGCGAUGAGGGCUAUCGAAUACGACAUACUCAGUUAACUUUCUCUAAAGCAUAUUUUCACUAGAAUGGGCACAUGAUGCUCUUUUAUGUCCUUAUAUUUUCUGGGGAGGGUAGAAUGUGAAUCCCCGGUCUCAAUCGUCGAAUGUUUUGAGCCCAGACAAACCUCUUGUUGAUAACUUUAUUUCUUUACGAACAGUUUACUUUGUCCCCGAGGAUGACAAAAUUCAUACCACCCCAACCACUGAAAUACGGACGCUUCUGUUAAUGCAAAUUAAACUAUGCCCUUCCAACACCUUUUACUUAUGACGUCCAUCUAGCGCAUUGCUAUUUUUUGUUUUAAUUUAAACCGUGAUCAUACAGGAGAAUCUUUACGUAUUCGAAAUUAAAAAAUUUUCUGUCAGAGCGCAAUAGAUAUUAAAUUGCCCUUGUGUUAUCAAAAACUCCCCCAAAAAAAAGAGCAGAAAAAAAAUAUAAUAUUAAAAAAGCUCUGAAAGUCCACAUUUUGCCAAUCGUUUUUGAAAGAGAAAUUAUUGUGAAAGAAAAGAAAGUAAUUCUUAACCGAGUUUCUGCCCCUUACCUGGUUAGUAAACUUUUGCUGGUAAACUAAUUAGAAAACUUGCUAAUUUUAAGAGUGAUGAAACAUGUACGUCUGAAGGGAGCGAAGAUUUAGCCCUACAGCGUGAGGCACAAACUUACCUGCCCCCAACCAUAAACGUAUCUAAAAUUUUGAGACAGGCUUUGUGGAGUCUAAACUCGUUCAACGAAUUAUUCUCAAACUUGGCUACUAUACUUUUAUUUUUAAGGCUAUUUUUAGCGGUGUCGACGGAUUAUCGCUAAAAUAGGGAUUGGGUCUAUUGCCACUGUCCCUUUUUGUGUCAGUGAUAAGGAGGUUUGACUAUACAAUAUAUAUAUAUAUAUAUAUAUAUAUAUAUAUAUAUAUAUAUAUAUAUAUAUAUAUAUAUAUAUAUAUAUAUUAUAUACAUACUGAGAAAUACUCACCAAAAAGCUAUGUCGUAAAUUUUCGUACGCAAAUUAGUUCUAGCCAAUCAGAGGGGCGAACGAUGGUUUUGACACGUGAAAAAAAUGAUACGUCCAAUCAGAAUCGCGAACGAUGUUUUUCACCUGUGAGAAAAAUGAUACGUCCAAUCAGAAGCCACAGAGGUGCGUGAGUUUCCCGCCAAAAUUCCCGCCUUUUAUUGCAGCUUGCAGCGCCGCUUCGCACACUCAACGAGAAAAGUUUUACUCAAAGAGUUUUUCUCGCUAAAAAAGUGAAAAACAUUUCGGAAAUGGAGUGGAAUAGUUUCGUUUGUUUCACUGUCGAUACAGAAAACGGUAGAGAGCCUGUGAAACAACAGCGGAAAGGGAUAAACAGAACGAGACGUAAGCUUUUGUUGUGCUUUUUGUCAGAGCUACUAUGCCUUUCAUUCAAGCUUAAGCUAUUGAAACCGGCCAUUUUACUUAAAUUCACUCAUUUUCAAUUGUGCAUUGAGAUCCAACAGUUAAGAUUAUUUAUAGUUCUUGGAUUACCUCAUAUCCUUACCGUCAUUUAUUUUUUUAACAAACGUUUUUACUAAAAAGCUGAUACUUCGUUUUCGUUGUCAUUUUGCGGUAAGUGUGUAGCGGCAAAUUUUAGCAUUUUUGGAAGAUUUAAAAUAAAAAGGCCGCCAAAAUGAUGAAUGUCUCAGUAUGUAUAUAAUAAGCACAAUACCACAUGGAAAGUGCUUUGUACGGUAUUUACGCACUCGUUGUUUUUGUAUCAGAAAUCUUACUCGUUCGCUGCGCUCACUCGUUCGAUAUCUGAUACGUCAACAACUCGUGCGUAAAUCCCGUACGCCAGCACUUUCCAUGAAGUAUUCUCUUUAUAUUGCUUAAUUGCAUAGCAUAAUUGUGUAUGUACAUCAAUUACGAAUUUGCGGUAAUUAGCGACCCCUAAAUUGCAUGUUAAAAACAUUUUGUGUACCCAGAACUUUGUAAAGAUCACUGCAACUAUAUUGAAUGGUUAGCCAAAUCGUUUGUUAAGUCCAUUUGGCCGCAUGGAAUUCAAUUUCUUUUGCCAGAAUAUCUCCCGGUGUCUCAGGAGAUCUUUUUUCUGUUCAUUGCUUAUAUUAUCUUUCCUGAUCUGUUCUAUUAUUGUAAUGAUCACGUUAUUGUCGAAGUUGUGUGUUUGUUUAUUAUGUAGAAAGUGUUCCGUAAGUUCACAAUUGCUGAUUCCCUUUUUGAUAUGAUUUCUGUGGUUGUUUAAGCGAAGAUUGAACGCUGUUUCGUUCUUGCUUAUGUACUGUAGAUUGCAGAUGUUACACUCAAUAGUGUAAAUAACCCAGGAUGACUGGCAGUUAACAGAGUGAAAUAUUUUAAAGGUCUUAUUGUUGUAACCGCUGGUAAACGUGGUGGUUUUGUUGAUUCCUUUGCACCAGCUGCACUUUGGUUUUCCGCAUGCUUCGCAACCUCUUGGUACAGGAGUGUUGUUAAUUGUCUUGAAUUUAGUAAUCACGAGUCUGUCCCGGAGACUUAUUGGCCGUCUGUAAGCCACUAAUGGUGGUUUGUUGAAUAUGUGGGCCAGUCUUUCUUCGGAUUGGAGGAAUUUCUAGUUUCUUCUUGCAAUCUCUGCAAUAAAAGUGGCAUGUGGGUUGAAUGUAGUGACCAGGGGGAUACGAUCGGUAAAUUCCCUUUCUCUGGUCUGUCCACAUUCUUCUUGUGUCAUUGUAAGGACUUUUUCCAUUUCUCGUAAAACCUUGGUCCGUUGGUAGCCACAUGCUACAAAGAAAUCAGCGUAUUCGGCUAUCCGUUUCUUCAGUGUGUCAGUGGAAGAACAUAUUCUUCUCAAUCUCAAUGCUUUGCUGUACGGAUACUUUGUUUGAGGUGUGGUGGAUGUGCUGAAGUUCAGUGUAGUUAUGGAUGUGUGUCUGUAGGUUCCUGAUAGACGUCUGUGCUGAUGUUGCCUUGUCUAUCCUUUAGGACUGUCGUAUCCAGAAAGUUAACUGAAUUAGUGGAUAUUUCGUGUGUGACUUUGAUUGACGGUGCUGCGUUGUUCAGCUGGUCAAUGAAUUCCAUUAAGGAAUCUAUGUCCCCUUUCCAUAUGAAGAAAAUGUCAUCUAUGACCCCUACCCAGUUUAUAACGUAGUUGGACCACUCUGUUUUGUAUACAAAGUUUUCUUCGACAUAUAUUAAUAUCAGUAAGCAUAUUGUCCAGUGGACACGAAUUUGAUCACAUGUAACGAGGACCUUUAUACCCGAUUAAACUCAACACUCGGAAAAGUCAGGGGAGGGCUUUGAUUUGAUCUGUGAGGAUCAUAUUUCGUACCGGGAACGAAGGUUGACCAAUAAGAUUAUUGGGGGGUUCUUGCUAUGUCAGGAGCUCCUGGCUAUGUAUAAAAGUGCAAAAGUAGAAACGAUCCGUUGAGUUGUCCUUUUAUCCUACGCAAUUGAAACCUGCAGAAUUCAAGAAACGUUUUUAGCAAACAUCUUCAGGCAAGUUUCAUUCAACCUCCCCCCCGCCCUUCUUUUUUGCAAUCAGCUGUUUUUGUGAACAUUUUUAUUUGGAUUUUCUUGACUUCUCCUCGAAUUUAUUCCGCUUUUUCUUUGCAAAACGGCCGGGUAAACACAACAUUGUCGCAACGCAUACUUAUCUUCAGUCAUUCCUUCAUUCAUCUACUAAAUAUUACAGUUUUUUUGCAUAUUAUGGUCGCCAGUUUGUUGAAAAUUUUUGUCUGAGUUCACCUUUGGUUUAAACGGCACUGAAUACGAGGAAGAACGGUUGCGAAGACUACGACAUAUGAUCGAAUCAUUUAAACCUGAUAUAGUAAUUUUACAGCUAGGGACGAACAAUGUGACUAAAUCUUCCGCUUUGCAAACUAGGUCCGCAAUCGAGGAACUAGCCCGCUUACUAAACGAAUCGCACCAUGUUAAAAUAAUAUGCGUUUGUUAGACCAUAACGGGGAAACGCCCUCGCUUUUAAUAAUCAAAUCAAUCUCUUAACUUAUCAAUAUCCAUAUGAAUUUAGCGACACUCCACAGAAGUAAUGUUUCCCUCCUCUACGAAUAUAAACUGUUGAUAUUCCUUUCAUUUGGAAAGGCCUAUUACGAAGGCAAGUAGUAUAGACGCUUAAACUCUGUCGGCUUCAGUUGCUCAAAGUAUUUGCAUAACUACAUUGUAUAUCUCACCAACCUGUGUUAUUUCGCCUGUUUUUGUUUGAAAAUUUUCAAUCAAACACGAUUUAAAAAGGGAAAUGCAUUAUUUAGCCUCUUGUGAUAAAAUACUCCGGAGACUUUUUUUUGAAGCUGUUCAAAACACUCACAGCACGCGCUCGAAUAUUAAAUCAGUAAAUCUGCUGUUCGUGUUUUGAACAUUACAUGCUGAAAAAACUUAAUUUAUAAAUAUUGCCAAAAAGAAUGAAUUUUUUUUCCAAAAAAAAAAGUCAGUUGGUUUCGACUACGGUUUCAAAAAAAAUUAAGCAAUCUCGUUAAUAACUUGCAGGUAAUGGUAUAAGAAAUCUCCUUUUGACAUCUUUUACAUUAUCGGAUACGAACGUGUCGAUCAGACAGUGCUGUUUGCUACUUUAGCUUACUUUUGUUUGACAAAGACCAAUACAGGGGCUACGUAGUCUGCAAAAUGCCAUCGACAGAAUAAGCACGUCUCCUAAUCUCUUUUUUCAAAUCUUUUCCAGGAGUUAUUUCCUUUUUCUAGUUAUUUGAUUGCGUCUUUUACAGUUUCAGCCUAAAAUCGGCCGAAAAAUAAAAAUGUUCAACCUGGGCCAGAAAACAAACAUUCUUAAAAAAAAGGAGUGUGUGCAAAUUUCAGAUCUAUGCUUUGAAUUCGGUUUCGCCUUUAACAGUUCAGUUAGCAUGUCCUAAAAAGCCUGUGUCACCAAAAUUUAAUGCUGCUUGAAAACCCAAGGGAAACAUAUUUCAAUCAGUUGAAUCCUUUCAUGACGGACUGGUGUCAGUAUGCGGUACCAAGAGCCAUAAUGUCCUUAGUACUGCCUAACAUAAUCAUGACUGUUAAAAUGUUUCUGAUGAUAAGAGCGGGUAGGGAAGGCAUAGACUUUAACUUGAAAAUGAAAAUGAAGAGCCAUUAGAAUUUCAAAUUUGACACAGUUUUACUCGGAAGAAAUCGUUUAAAAGCCAUUGAUUACACUUUGUUGCCCACACUUUGCACACACUUUGGCUUUUGAAUAAGCUUUGUUCAAAGGCCUUAUUGUGUAUCAUCAUAUGCGGAAAUUUGCCAGAAUUUGCUUCCACGGUAUUGUCCAAUUACUUGAUGUGUAGGCAGAUCGGUGGGCAGACCAUCUUCAGGAUGAGGCGAAAUUACUGCUGAGGACGUUAACGACUUUGCAGUGAAUCUUUUUGUCUAGAACAACUAAUUAAAUUUCUUAGAAUGGUAACUACUAAAUAUAAAUUAAGGCCAUCUUGAGAGCGGAUUUCGUCUUGAAGUUCUCAAAAUGCCUACUUUUGAUUAGCCAUCUUCACAAAUUAAGAAAAAGAACUUCAUUGUAAAAUGUUAAAGCGGAAAGACGUGGAAAACCAAUUUAAUAAUAUCAAAGGCAACAUCAGUUUAAUAUUGUGUUUUCUACUACUAUACAUCAAUAUCAGAAGUUCAAAUGGUGCUAAUCUCUAAAAAAGAAACCAACAAAGCUAACAAAUCAUUACUUGAAAAAAACCCACCACGAAGCGUCAACUUUUCAGUAAAAUGUUACACACCUACGUGCAUGGUAUACUUAUUUUAUUGCUUGCAUAGCAGACAGCUGCUGUGAGUACACACUAACGUCGCUUCCUAUUUUCGCAGAAGUGUCAAUACUGAAACAUAUGCAUAAGCACAAUUUUGCCAAAUUAGUUAAUUUUCCGCUAUGAUUGGCGUUGGGAGCCUAAUAUUUUGGUGCUUUAAUGGAAUCAUCUGAAAUAUGUAUAUUUUUCUAUCCUAAGGAAAUAAAGUUUGCGGAGAAAGUUAUGUUGAGCAACAGUUCAAGAGGCUCAGAGAACAAUGUCUCCUGCUUUCGUUUUCCUGUAUUUCAAACGGACAACAUCCCCGAGCUUAUCAUCGUUUUUAACAGUACAGUAAAUUUCCCACUGUCAGUGUUAACAAUUAUAGGCAACACCUUGGUUUUGGUAGCCGUAUGGAGAACACCUUCUCUUCGUUCGCCCUCCGUCAUUUUACUUUGGGGUCUCGCAACAACAGACCUUGCUGUGGGCCUCUUGGUUCAGCCGUUGUUUUUGUCUAUGGAACUCAAGCUCCUCUCGAAUUCGUCGGCUUAUAACUGUGUGUUAGGAAAGGCAUUCAUCACUGUUUCCUAUACCGUCUGUGGAGUUUCGCUGGCGACUCUUACAACUAUCACUAUAGACAGACUACUAGCCCUGAAAUAUCAUAUGAGGUACAGCAGUAUCAUGACCAUACACCGAGCAUUUUGUGUCAUCGCAGUGAACUGGUUGACAAGUGGUUUUCUGGCAAGUCUUAUACUAUGGACUUCAAAGUUAUUGUUUCUUUUUGUCAUGGCUUUAGUCGUAGCCAUUUUUCUUUGCUUUUCAACAUCCGCGCACGUAAAUAUUUACUGUAUAAUCAGUCGCCACAAACGACAAAUUCUCGCACAAAAAAGAGCAGUUCAAGAUAAUUCGCGCAUAAAUAUAACGCGUUUCAAGAGAACAGUAUUCAAUACAUUCUUGGUCCACUACUUUCUUCUUAUUUGCUACAUCCCCCUAUUCGUAACCUUGCUGUUGCAGGCAAACGAAGAGAGAAUACCUUCAGAAUCUUGGAGAGAGAAUGGCACUGGUAUAGCAUGGAAAUUGUCAAGCACGGUGGUCUUCAUGAAUUCUGCGUUGAAUCCUUUAUUUACUGUUGGCGUCUUCGAGAUAUUCGCACCGCCGUGA